AAAAGACGUGGCGCUUGUAUAGUGUACCGAUUAUCAUGGACCAUGGACUCCAUUUUCUGCCAUUUUCUUGUUAUCGACUCCACGCUAGAAGAGGACUGAAUAUAUUCCAACCCUAAAGUCACGAUUUAUUACAUAAUACACAUUUAAUUAUGACAGCACAGUUUUUCAAUCGAUUGGGUCAGAUUGGCCUGGGCAUGGCACUGGCAGGUGGUGUUGUUAACUCUGCAUUAUACAAUGUUGAUGGUGGUCACAGAGCAGUUAUAUUUGAUAGAUUUGCGGGUAUAAAAGAUACCGUGAUUGGAGAAGGGACACACUUCUUUAUUCCUUGGGUGCAAAAACCAAUUAUUUUUGAUAUCCGUUCACGUCCCAGAAAUGUGCCUGUUAUUACGGGCAGCAAGGAUUUACAGAAUGUAAAUAUCACUCUUCGUAUCCUCUUCAGGCCUGUACCCGAUAAAUUGCCUAAGAUAUACACAAUACUUGGUAUUGACUAUGAUGAAAGAGUACUACCUUCUAUUACCACUGAAGUGUUGAAAGCUGUUGUUGCGCAAUUUGAUGCUGGUGAAUUAAUUACACAAAGAGAAGUUGUGUCUCAAAAAGUCAACGAAGAUUUAACGGAGAGGGCUGCACAGUUUGGAUUUAUUUUAGAUGAUAUUUCUCUUACACAUUUAACAUUUGGUAAAGAGUUUACCCAGGCAGUAGAAUUGAAACAAGUAGCUCAACAGGAUGCAGAGAAGGCUCGUUUCUUGGUAGAAAAGGCUGAACAGCAAAAGAAGGCGGCUAUUAUUAGUGCUGAGGGUGAUGCUCAAGCCGCCAGUUUACUAGCAAAAUCUCUAGCUGAGGCAGGAGACGGUUUGGUUGAACUCAGAAAAAUCGAAGCUGCAGAAGAUAUUGCACACAAUCUAUCCAAGUCUCGUCAAGUGGCGUAUUUACCACCGGGUCUGAAUGUGUUGAUGAAUAUGCCACAGUAAAAUGAAUGAAUUGUUACAUGUUUUUACAUGAAUUGUGCAUUUAUAUCAUGAGAAGUUUGAUGCUGUAAUAGAGAGAGAGUGUAUAAAAAAAUAUAUAGUCUAUAUAUGAUGAAAGCUUCCCUGAAAGUGUUGCAUAACA